AUGUCAAUCGACACACUUACUCUAGAGGACAAUUCCACAGGGGCCCUGCUCCUUCCACCAGAGUUAUGGGAUGAUAUAUGCUCUCUAUUACCCAAGCCCAGCUUAUUAAGCCUGAGGCUUGGCUGUUCCAAACUCAAUUCAAUUGCACUUCCCUGGGCCUAUGGUCAGAUACGUCUGGAGGGUUUCGAGAACUCUGCAGAGCGCUUCAUUAAGAUCGCAAAAUCGCCCGGACUUCGCAAUUUAGUCCAUGAGCUCACAAUCGAUACGUCAGUUGACCUCGAUGUCGAGUACAACUGUAACGGCAGCUAUCCAUACCCCACAGAGUUUCUAGACGCUUUGGUAUACAUGCAUUGCUUCAGCUCCCUCUCCGCAGUUUAUCUUCGGUUCAACCAAUUCUGCGGAGAGGAUGAUCGAGUUGGUGUGGCGAUCGAGGAGACCUAUGGGUUUCGGUACAGGGUUCUUGACACUGUAUUUCACUGCAUUGCGGGUAUGUGGAACGUCGAGCAACAAAUGGAGAUUGAAGAAAAGGUCGAAGAUGAACUGGACAACUACGAACGGACGUACCCCGAGGAUGAAUUCACUGGCUCCCUGAGUCAAGUCAUGCCCCUCAAUGAGCUCACUAUCUCAAACCUGGCCGAUUUCUAUGACCCCGACCUUGCAAGCUCGGCCGCUUUCAAAAAGGUCAUGUCCAUGCCUAGCCUUACCAAUCUCAAGCUGUUCGUCACCACAGAGAUCAACGAAAAUACUGAUGACAGCAUUGCCUAUUAUGAGGAGAAAUACGCGUUUUUUGACUUCUUACCGAACACGUGGCUGUCCCAAAGUAUCAGCGAUAACCUAACGGUUCUAUCGUUAUAUGCUCGUGACUAUUGGGGCUGGUUCCCAAAGAUGGACUUUCGCAAUAUGAAUUUCCCACAGCUCAAAGUACUCGCGUUAGGGCACUACGUCUUUAGUCACGACUGGCAGAUUGAUUGGAUUUCCUCAAUAGGACGUGGAGACGGCGGCGAGGGUUUGAGAGAACUGUACCUCGAUGACUGCCCUAUCCUGUACCAGGCCUUUCAGGCAAGCCCGCUAGAUGAAUCCGAUCCUGGAUAUCCCAAUCUCGGAACAGUACUCGAUUAUGAGCCCGGUGAGCUACACAGUUACACAAUUCGGUGGUCUCAUAUCCUUUCCAAGUGGUCAAUAACGAUGGGAGGGUUGAGAGAUUUCCGCAUGGGUCAUGGACAUUGGGAGGCGGAUAAUGCUCCAGAGGAUACGGUUGAGUCCCACCUUAUAGACCGUGGGGAAAACGAAGACGAAGAAUACCAAGCUACACUGAGGUAUCGCCUAUCAAACAACACACACAGGAGCUUCGACUGCCCGGAACCUAUCGAUCGGGCAUACGGCGAUGAGGAUCCUAGUAAGAUCUGCGCCACAAGCAAGUAUCUUCAAGGCUCUGGUAUCAACGGGCGGGGCGGUUUCAAAUUGCAGUACAUUGAGUAUGACAUCAAUACUCACCCUUCCCCCUGGUAUGAGAAGUUUUGGUCGUACAGGCUUGACGAUGAGGGCUUCGAGCCGGAGGAGGGGACAUGGGCGACAGACAUUGCUUCACUGGAGGAGUUGACCGCAAAGAUUAAGACUCGCGAUGCCAACCACUAA